AUGAAGCUCAGACUACAGUUCAAGCCUGCGGAAGGCCCACCGUCCAGGCAGGUCGUCGUUGCAGAGGACACUGCUUCCUUGGCAGAUCUUCGUCAACUCGCUGCAACCACGUUUGACUUGGCCGGCUCUGUCUUCACGCUCAAAGAAGGCUUUCCGCCAAAAUUGCUGGAAGGUUCCCUCGACCAAAGUCUCUCAUCGCUCGGUAUCCGGUCAGGCACUUCGCUACUCAUAGACUUGAUCAAGUCUGACAAACCUGAGACACAAGCCUUUGCAAGCAAAUCGAUCAAGAAGCCGCAAAACGACGAUGACGCUCCCGAAGUGGCCGUCCCGGGUCGUGGCUCACUUGUACUUCGUGUGCAGCCAGAUGACAACUCAUGUCUUUUCCGUGCGCUAGGCUACCUGUGUAUGCGUUCCAUCGAUGCAAUGGAAGAGAUGCGUGCCAUCAUUGCACAAACGAUCCAAGAUGACCCCGAUACGUACUCUGACGCUGUCCUUGGCAUGAGCCGGAAUGCCUACUGCGCCAAGAUGAACAGAGCAGACACUUGGGGUGGAGAAAUCGAGAUUCAGAUCCUUUCCCAGUACUUUGGAGUGCAGGUGGCCAAUAUCGACUGCAAGACUGGCAAAGUUUAUCGCUACGGCGAGGAUUUCGAGCAGCUCAUCUUCAUCGUCUACUCGGGUAUUCAUUACGACGCGCUUGCCUUGUCACCUUUUGCCAAUGCACCGCCAGACAUGGAUCAAACACAAUUCUCAAAGGCUGAGCAGCCAGUGAUUGAGAAGGCAGCUCAGUCCUUGGUGGAUGAACUGAGGAGACGGCAUUACUUUACCGACACUGCUGACUUUGCGUUACGGUGUAACCAAUGUAGUAAGGCCUUGAAGGGCGAGAAGGAAGCGCAAGCCCAUGCAAAGCAAACUGGGCACACACAAUUUGGGGAAUAUAAUUAA